AUGUCUGCACCAAACUCCCGGAAACGAGCCGCCCCCGGUGCGUCGCCAAUCGUACCGAUCCAGCGGAAUAUGCAACAACCAUAUGCCACCGAUAGUAUUGCCGGAGCAAACCCUGUGAUGCAGUGGAACGGUACCGACGGCACAACCGAUCCCACCGACUACUUCAGUGCUGCCGCUGCACACAGUGAGAAUCCCUACGGACUUGCGCAAACACAGCCGACGUACCCCCAGGCUGUUGGCGCGCCGUCAAACUCACUCGCACGCCGACAAAUGAAUCGCGCCCUGGUUCCCACGAAUCUUCGAGCAACUUAUGAGCCUUCUUCGGAUCGGUGGUCUGGUUUUGGGGAGGACAACCUUCUCGUCCCGCAAAACGCCACGGAAGGCGGGGUUGGGCAAGAUAACGUAGAAGUUUUGGAAGAAAUGGCCCAAAAGGCCAAGAGAGAGGCUCAGGCCAAAAGAAAGCAGAUUCCGCCGUUUGUACAGAAGCUGAGCAGCUUCCUCGAGGAACGAAAGAAUGAAGACCUGAUUCGGUGGUCUGAAAAGGGCGACUCUUUCAUCGUGCUCGAUGAGGAUGAGUUUGCAAAGACGUUGAUUCCAGAGCUAUUUAAACACAAUAAUUACGCGUCCUUUGUCCGACAGCUGAACAUGUACGGCUUCCACAAGUGUGUGGGACUCUCUGACAACUCGAUGCGUGCUAGUGAGCGCAAAAAUAAGAGUCCAAGCGAGUAUUCCAACCCGUACUUUCGGCGAGGGCACCCGAAUCUUCUAUGGCUUAUUAAUAAGCCCAAGAGCGGUGGCAAGUCUAAAAAGGGGAGCAAGGGCCAGGAUGGCGAUGGCGACAGCGAAGAGGACGGCGGCCAUGAAGAAACACCAAGCCACCAGGGUGUUCCGGUCCCCAACACCGCGGGCCGCUCUCUGCCCGCUGCCACUGGAACGGAAUCACAACCUCUCCCCAAAAAGGAGAUGGCACUGAUCAAGGAAGAGCUGCAGAAAGUGAGAGAGCAGCAAAAGCUGAUUCUCGGCGCCAUCAACCGCUUGCAGCGAAACAACAAUGACCUGUACAAUCAGGCAAUCAUGUUCCAGACCCAGCACGACCGACACCAAAACUCAAUCAAUGCGAUUCUCAAUUUCCUGGCCAAUGUCUUCAGAAAAACGUUGGAGGAUCAAGGAACUUCGCAGAACGUCGGCGACAUCAUCUCAAGCUUGAUGGCAAACCAGGGCCAGCAACCGUCCCACCAAGGCAGUGUUGUGGACUUGGGUGAUUACUUUCAAGCUCAAGCAAACGCAGCCAACUCACUUGCCGUUCCUACUCCGAGAAAGUCUCAAAAGCUACUUCCACCGAUCCCGCAAGCCGCCCAGGCGAGUCGGUCGUCAUCAACGAGCAGCGCGCCGUAUCACCCCCUCGGCGUUCACCCGGAGAUGGGCCACGUUACGGAGCUUCUUGAUACAUCACCGUCAGAUUCGACACCUAGCUUGAGACAGGAACUCGAGACAAACCCGCACGAACGGAUGAUGAAGAUUAUAAACGACCACAAUGCAAGCAACUCGGCAGGCCUUGAUUUGCCGGAAGCAACUGAGCUUGUCAACAACGCCCCAAAUACCCUAAGCAGCGACCAAAGAAGCAAGCUAGUCAACCUCAUGGCAGCGCAGUCAUCAGCAUCCGCGAUACCAAACAUACCUGCCGUGUCUGAUCCUCUGGGGAAAAUGUCUUCCCCAGGUAUCACAUCUCCCGCACAAGAAAGCACUACUGCAGCACCCUCACUUUCACCCAUCUUGCGGUCACCAACCAUGCCUGCUCCCUCUCUUCAGCAUAUUAGCACGAACCAAAACGAUCUGGAGCAGCUCAAGCGUCUACAGAGCGAACAGGACGCAAAAAUUCACGAACUGAGCGAUAUCCUGGGGCCAUUGAGCCCGAACGGACACAUUCCCGGCCUGGAAGAUGGCGCCGAAGCGUACUUUGAUCCUCCCAAUGUGGACCUAGAUCAGUUCUUUGAUAGCAACGCUUUUCUGAAUGACGCCACUCACUACGGAGACGGGACUGACUUCAACUUUAAUCUGGACGCAGACGGGCUCGGCCAAGGGCUCAACCCAGGACUUAAUCAUAAAUUUGACACUCCGAGUCCUACGGGGACUGAAGAGAUUCAACGAGAUGAUUUUGGGAUCAAAGAGAGCCCCGGUCACGAGAAUAAGAGACGGCGCAUGGGCUAG